CCAUACAAAUAGUCUGCGUGAUGCGUCUUUUCUUUCUUUCCGGUUGUACCCACGCGGUUGGUUACACAGCUUUUCCUGGCUCACCGCUGUUCGCUCCGUAGAUUACCGGACUUCACCGUCGGACGAAUAAGUCGGCCAGGAAGGUUAUCACUAUGGCAUUUAAAGAUACAGGGAAAGCACCUGUUGAACAGGAAGUGGCCAUUCAUCGUAUCAGAAUAACACUCACAAGUCGUAAUGUGAAAUCCCUUGAAAAAGUAUGUGCUGAUUUGAUCCGAGGAGCAAAAGAAAAGAACUUGAAAGUUAAAGGACCAGUGCGCAUGCCCACCAAGACUCUUCGCAUUACUACAAGGAAAACACCAUGUGGUGAAGGUUCCAAAACAUGGGAUCGUUUUCAAAUGCGUAUCCACAAGCGCCUGAUUGACCUUCACAGUCCAUCUGAGAUUGUCAAGCAAAUUACUUCUAUCAGUAUUGAGCCCGGUGUAGAAGUUGAAGUUACUAUUGCUGAUGCAUAAAUGCCACAUUUUCUGAUGAAAUAAAAUUGUCUAACAAUGUU